AUGAACAAUAUGGAACAUUUAAAUUCAAAAUACAAGAAUUUUCCUAAAUUCGAUAAAAUAUUAAAAGUGUCACUUGUAAAUUGUGAUCAUCUAUUGAAAUUUCAUAAUAAACAAAUAAUCAAAGAAAAAAUGAAUGAAUUUGAAGACGUUGAUAACACAACCAAAGAAGAUGAUUUUCUUCAAAAAGUUACACAAGAAGACAAUGAUAUUAAGAAGAAUGCUAUUUCGCAAAUAAAACAUCAAAAUAUUCAUAAAAAAAAUGAGAAAGGAACUAUUCAAGUAAAUUCAUUUAAUUCUAAAGAAAAUAUUGAGACUACUAAAUUUGACGAUGGAGUUGACCGUGAUGAUGAGAUGGAACAUAGCAGCAUUAUUGAAAUUAAGCCUAAAAGAUCACAGUUAAAGUUAUUUGAUAUCAAAUCUGAGAAAAAUACUUCUAAUUGCCGUCUCUGUAAAUUACCUUUAGAUUUAUGCAAACACCAGAAAUCACAUAAAAAAAAUCACGAAAAAUUGUAUAAACCUAUGAACUCACAAUCCACAUUUUCUGAAGAAUUACACUUAACUAAGAAUACCAAGACACCUGAACAGAAAAAAACUUUUGAUUGCAAGUACUGCAAUAAGAUGUUUACUGUGAAGUCAAAUUUAACGGUUCAUAUAAGAAGUCACACCGGUGAAAAACCAUAUUUUUGUGACUUGUGCAAAAGAUCUUUUGCUCAGAGACAAAAUAUGAUGUGUCAUAUGAGAACCCAUACGGGAUAUAAACCUUAUUCAUGUGGAAUUUGUAAAAGGAAAUUUAGCCAUAAGUCAUUAUUAGACAACCAUGAAUGGAAACACACUGGUAUUAAACCAUUUAAGUGUGAAAUAUGUGUUAGAGAAUUUUCUCGGAAAUCGUGUUUAGUUUAUCAUCAAAACCACAGUCACACAGGUGAAAAACUUUUUAAGUGCAAUGUUUGUGACAAAGUCUUUUUCAGAGAAUCAUUUUUGAAGCAUCAUAUGAGAGUCCAUAUGACUAUGCAAUUAGAAAAGUGCCAUAUUUGUGAUAAAACAUAUACUCAUAAAUCAAGUUUACGAAGACAUUUGGUGGUCCAUUCUGGUGAAAAGGUGUUUGAAUGUGGUAUGUGUAGGAGAUCCUUUCAUCGGCGAUCAGGUUUAAUAGACCACAUAAAAGUUCAUAUGACAAACAGACCUUUUGAAUGCAGUCUCUGCAGAUCAACAUUUCCUACAUUAUCAGAACUAGAAAGUCAUUCAACAUCUCACAUCUAUAAUGAUUCAUUUCAAUGCCAUCUUUGUGAUGCAAGUUUUAUAUCAAAAUCACUUUUAGAUACUCAUAUGUUAUCUCAUGCUGGAAAUAGAACAUUUCAGUGCCAUCAUUGUUUAGCAACAUACGUCCAAAGGAAAAGUUACAUUUACCAUUUAAAAACUCACAAAGAUCAUGAAAUGUAUAAAUGUAAUUGGUGUAAAAUGUCAUUUUUUCAAAAAAAUAAGCUAAUUGAUCAUUUAAGAUUUCAUACUGGUGAGAGAACUUUUAAAUGCCCCGAUUGUAACAAAAGAUUUUUGCAUAAAGCUGUUUUACAGACACAUAUGAGAAGUCACGUUAUUGAACAAAAAUAUAAAUGUGACAUAUGUAGAGUAGUCUUUAAACAAAAAUUAAAUUUAAUUAAACACAUAAAAACCCAUUUUAGGUGUAGAUUUUGUAAGACUUCCUUUUUCCAAAAAUCUACCUUUAUUUCUCAUAUGAAAAUGCAUCCUAAAAACAAUCCUUAUAAAUGUAGUGUAUGUGGUAUUUCAUAUCUACAGAAAACUGACAUGAUUAAACAUGAAAAGACUCAUAUGAUUGAAAAGGCUUUACUGUUUUGUAAAGUAUGUAAUCAAUCUUUUUCUUCAAAACUAAAACGUAUUAAUCACGAAAGAAAAUUUCACACUGAAGCAGCAUAUUACUGUAUAAUCUGUUAUAAAUUGUUUUUUGAAAAAAAGCAAAUAGCACUACAUAUUAAAUUGCAUAUGAAGAACAUGCCAUCUAAAUGUUUGGGUUGUAAAGAACCAUUGUUACAAGUACCUGUUUCGGCUAAAGUAUUAAGAGAGAUAAUUCUAAAUAAAAAAAAUAUAUGUGACGUGUGUUCUGUCAUCUUCUAA